AUGAAUUCAAGGACACUCCUUAGCGUGCUGGCUUGUCUCAGCGUCGGUGUUUCUGCCGGACCCUGCAAGCCAGUCACUUCUCAAGCUACUCAGGUCACCUCCGCAACAACCGAACUGUCUACGUCGAUUGAUCUGACCACCACCAUCUCUGCAUCCGAUGCCACUUCUACAACUGAGCUGAGCUCUCAGACAACUGAAGACUCUACUACUGAGAUCGCAACGACGACUACCGCUGCUGAUACCACCUCGGAGGCCCCAACCACAACCACCGAGGAAGCAACAACAACAACAACCGGUGCAGCGCAAUGCCCUACCCCCUCCGCUUGCAACAACCUCGGCUUUGACUGGGCGUACUACAGCAACCCUGCUCAAAACACCGACACGACCUACUCCAGCUUCGUCCCCCAAUCCUUCAAGCAGGUCAAUCCCUUAUACUCCGGCACGACCCGCCAGAUCGGUGGCCUGUUUCAGCCCAACGGUGGUGCCCAAACAGGUGCCAUCUACGGCUCCACACAAGACCUCCCUCUGGACUACUUCGCCCUGAACCACCACGGUUAUCUCUACACUUGCGACGCUGGUACCUACAAGUUUGACAUUCCCUACUCCAACGACGCAUUGUACCUGUGGCUUGGCGCAAAGGCGUACGCUAGUUGGAGCGCUGGUAAUGCUGAUGCCAAGGCUCUGUACAACCAGCCGGAUCACAUCGCCGGUAGUGCACACUUUGAGAUCGAUCUCCCCGCUGGUGUAUACGUUCCCAUUCGGUUCGUCUAUGGUCAGGCGCAGUAUGGCGGUGGCUUCACUUUUACAGUCACAGCUCCCAAUGGACAGGUUCUCGUCGGCAAUGAUGUUGUUGCCAGCCCAUACAUUGUGCGCAACUCUUGCGAUGGCAUUUUAGCACCCGCUUACCUGCCUUUUGGUUCAGAGAUCUAA